AUGGAUAAUCAUCGUUUGCGUGCUAUUAUAUUGAAAUUACAAGAUCGUCUGAGUAAUGAUGAUCGAAAACGGUUACAUUUUUAUCUUGGCAAUGAUGUACCACGACGAAUUCGAGAUGAUUCAACACUUGGUGGAACACUUAGUCUUAUGGAUUCUCUUUUUGACCAGGAUAAAGUGAAUGAAAAAGAUUUUACUUUUCUAAUAAAUGCAUUUGAUGAAAUUCAAUGUAUUGAUGCUGUGAAAUUAUUAAGAGAACAUUGGAGACACAAUCAAUCAGAUAUACAAAAUCAAUCAGUUGAAAGUUUAUCGAUGAUAAUGCCAGCAAUGAUAAAUCAACUUCUUGAAGAUCAAGAUGAAGAUAAAUAUUCUAUGCAACAACUUGUUGUUAAUCAGAAAAAUACUUGUGAUAAUAACAAUAUAAUGAUCAAUAGUAAUAAUACAAAUAUUAAUCAAAUACCUGUGAUGAACAAUGACGAAAAACCACAACAUCCAGGAUCCAAAAGGAAAUAUUUGUUAAACUCAAAAAAGAUGUUGUGGAAAUGUUUAUUAUUAUUUGUGUUACUAUCAAUUGUUGGAUAUGGAAUAUUAAUAUCUUUUUCUAUUCAGAAUUUCGUUGAUAUUGGUCGAAAAAUUCAACGCUUAGAAACAUUAAAUAAUGAAUCCAUUGCAAGAAUUCAACUAUUGGAAACAUCGAAUAGUCAAUCUAUUGAAACAAUUGAACAUUUACAGCGUAAAGUGAAAGAACUCAAAAAACCACAACCGAAAUGGGACAAAUGGAAACAAAAUGCCAUCACUGUGGCUGGUGGAAAUGAAAAAGGACAACAAUUAAAUCAACUCUAUGGUCCUGAGGGAAUUUUUGUUGAUAAAAACAAAAAUAUUUUCAUUGCUGAUGUUGAGAAUCAUCGUAUUGUUGAAUGGAAACAUGAUGCAAAAGAAGGACAAAUCAUUGCAGGUGGAAAUAAACAAGGCAAUCGAACGGAUCAAUUGAAUCGACCAACAGAUGUUAUUUUCGAUCAACAAAAUCAUUCGAUCAUCAUCACUGAUAAAGGGAACAGCCGAGUGAUUCAAUGGUUAAAUCAAAAUCAACAAAUCCUCAUUGAUAAUAUUCACUGUUCUCGUUUGGCAAUGGAUAAGUAUGUAUUCCUCUAUGUUUCCGAUUGUAUGAAGAAUGAAGUGAGACGAUGGAAAAUGGGAGAAUAUGAAAAUGAAGGAAUUAUAGUGGCAGGUGGAAAUGGUAGAGGAAAUCAACUCAAUCAACUAAAUUGUCCUAGUUUUCUCUUUGUUGACGAAGAUCAAUCUGUUUAUGUAUCAGAUUUUAGCAAUCAUCGUGUCAUGAAAUGGAGAAAAGAUACAAAUGAAGGAAGAAUUGUGGCUGGAGGAAAUGGUCGAGGAGAAAGUCUCAAUCAAUUGUUUGGACCUCGAGGAGUCAUUACUGAUCAUUUAGGUCAAAUCUAUGUGACAGAUAGAGGAAAUGAUCGAAUAAUGCGUUGGAAUGAAGGAAAAGAAGAAGGUGAAGUUGUUGUUGGUGGAAAUAGUAAAGGAAAUCAAUCAAGUCAAUUGAAUGGUCCCGUGGGUAUAUCUUUUGACGGUGAAGGAAAUCUCUAUGUUGCUGAUUAUUUUAAUCAUCGAAUUCAGAAAUUCGAAAUAUGUGAGAAAACAUCUCAGUAUAGUGAAUGUUCUACAAACAGUGCAUGUGGAUGUUUUCGUAUGAUAGGUGCUAAUAAUGAUGCAGGCAUUUGUGGUUUUCGCUGGCUAGCGUGUGCUCGUCUUGUACUGUGUAAUUCAUCAGACAAUUCAUGUUCUCAACCUAAUACGACGUGUGUUCAACAUCCUGAAUGUAAUGAUCUUCCUGUUUGUUAUCCAGUUACAAUGACUGAUCAAAGCAUCUGUCCACCAAUGCGAAAUAAAACCAAUCUUAAAUGGAAACAAGAUGCUAUCACUGUGGCUGGUGGAAAUGGACUUGGACAAGAAUCAAAUCAACUCGAUCGCCUUAUUGGAAUCUUUAUUGAUAAAAACAAAAAUAUUUCAUUGCUGAUACUUUUAAUCAUCAAUGAAGUGCGACAAUGGAAAAUGGGAGAAUAUAACAACGAAGGAAUUAUAGUGGCAGGUGGAAAUGGCAGAGGAAAUCAACUUAAUCAACUCAAUUAUCCUACUUGUAUUUUUGUUGAUGAAGAUCAAUCUGUUUAUGUAUCAGAUUUUAGCAAUCAUCGUGUCAUGAAAUGGAGAAAAGAUGCAAAAGAAGGAACCAUUGUGGCUGGAGGAAAUGGUCAAGGAGGAAAUCUCAAUCAGUUAUCUGGACCUCGAGGAAUAAUUGUUGACCAUUUGGGUCAAAUCUAUGUGGCAGAUAGCAAUAAUAAUCGAGUAAUGCGUUGGUAUGAAGGAAAAGAAGAAGGUGAAAUUGUUGUUGGUGGAAAUGGACAGGGAAGUCAACCAAAUCAAUUGAAUCAUUCCAAGGGUUUAUCGUUUGAUGAUGAAGGAAAUCUUUAUGUUGCUCAUCAUAAUAAUCAUCGAAUUCAAAAAUUUGAAUUAAUUUUGUGA